GAAGAAAGAAGCUUCCAUUAUGUUCUCCCUUUAACUGAAAUUCCUUCUUUCACUUCCAUUCCUAUAAUAACUACCAAACCUCUCCAAUCUGUUUAUCUCUUUAAUCAAUUGAAAAGCAUCACAAUUUUUCAUUAAUUGAUCUCAGAGGAAAAAAAAAGAAGAUAAAUAUGGAUCCAUAUUAUACCUUGAAAAUGAAGAGGAAGGAUUUGGAUGACGUGUACGAUGAAUUCUCCGAUUUUUCUCUUUCCUCUCCCGCUAGAAAAAUUCGUAGACUGGAUGCCGAGUUGCCUCCCAUAAUAGAAGAGGUUGAAGAACCAGAGAUUCCUAUAGUUUUUGAGCAACCAGCUGCUGAUCCAAGCUUCGGAAGCAAUGGGAGAAAUAGAGGUCUAGUAAUUGAAGAACUGCCAAGUAUUCCCGAGAAUGAAGAGAGGGCAAUUGUUCUUUUCAAGCCUAUGGACACACCUCAUGUGCAUUCCCCUUCUAAUUUCUCUCUUAAAGUGAAUCCCCAGUUUAUUAAUGGUUUCAAAAGUCAAGUCUUCUGGGAAAACUGUGCAAAUGCAUUUAGACCAGCCGACAGUGAAGAAACGCCACAGGAUGACUCUGGUUCUGCAAAAGAGUGUCUAGCAGUUGUUCCCUGGGUUCCAUCUCAGCUUCCUUCUGCAGAAGGAGCUGAAAUCCUUGAUCAAACGGACAAUUCCGAUAUGAUGGAUGCUGAAGAUAUGGAGGGAGUAGCGAUGGAUGUUGAAGAUGACAAUCAGAAUGCCGAACCAAGAACAACAUUUGGGGCUGGUGCAGUUAGUGUAAAUGAAGGUUUGCAUCAUUGGCAGCAACAACAUUGUAUGACGACUCAGCUACCUCAGAACACAUCGACACCUAUUGUCUGGUACCGGUAAUUGACAAAAUGGAUUAGGAUGUCGUGAUAUUGGAUAUUCUUACAACUCUCCGUGGAUCUCCUCUUGCAAGGAAGCAUCGGUUAGGUAAAAGAGGGAGAAGUAAAUAGUAGAUAAAUGUAGUGGGAUGCUGAUUGAAAUUUUUGUCAAGGUAGGAAGGCCGUUGUUUGAAAGUCAGUUAUCAUGGCUGCUAGUAUGUCGAGCAAAAAGCUGCUUGUAGUUUUCCAAUGUCUCAGCUCAAGACGGAAAUUGCAAAUCAUUCUCCAUGUCUUGCAUAUGAUUUUUCCUUAGUUGCCAUGCCUAUUUUGCUGA